AUAAAGGGAGAUAACGGGCUCUUAGUAGCGGCUGAAAACUUUUUAUACUGACAUGUUAGAGCAAUGACUUUUGCGUAACGGUAAAACUGGGACUAGGCUCCCAGCAUGCUAUAGGGUCCUUACGAGAAGAGGAAUAAGGAAAGAUUGUCACGGCCUGGUGGGGGUAAAGAAAGCAGUGAAUCCGUUGAAGUUCAGAAAGAAAGAGCGAGCAAGAUUUCCGAAAGUUGAGAGUAAUAGUAACAGAAACACAGCGGCGGUGGAAGAGCUAGUGUACCCAUUUGAAAGAUGAGCUUGAUGUCUGCCAUAGACACCAGUGCCUCCGUGUACCAGCCUGCGCAGCUACUGAAUUGGGUCUAUCUCUCUCUGCAAGACACCCACCAAACUAGCGCUUUUGACGCCUUUAGACCCGAACCCAACUCGUCCCACCCGGAGUUGAACUACUGCAAGGCUCCCGCCGCGGACGUGAGCUCGUCCCUCAACUCCAAUUAUCUCAACAAUUUUUUUCAGCUCCAGCGGAAUGAGGCAUUGAAUAACAGGGUAUAUAAAAAUGUCUCGCCAUACGACUCGCUCAACAACAUUGUUGACGGACUCAACUCCUUGACGGACCACUUCUCCGACCUCUCCCUCUCCUCAGAGCCCCGCAAGCCCAGCAAAAGACCCCCGCCCAACUACCUAUGCCACCUCUGCUUCAACAAGGGCCACUACAUCAAAGACUGCCCCCAGGCACGGCCUAAAGGUGAGGGUCUAACUCCAUACCAGGGGAAGAAGAGGUGUUUCGGGGAGUACAAAUGUCCCAAGUGUAAGAGGAAGUGGAUGAGCGGUAACUCCUGGGCCAACAUGGGACAAGAAUGUAUCAAGUGCCAUAUCAACGUCUACCCACACAAGCAGGAGCACGGAGCGGUUCUUAGCAGAGUGGUUGGAAAGGACAUGGAUCGAUGGAACGGGAUUUCCAACCACUCAACUCUGCUCACAUGCUCUGGUCUGGACGCAAUCAGGCUACCGAAAGCGCAUACACGUCCAUUGGAGAAGCCUGAUGGCCUGGACGUCUCAGACCAGAGUAAGGAGCACCCUCAGCACCUGUGUGAGAAAUGCAAAGUCCUGGGCUACUACUGCCGACGCGUGCAAUAACACCUUAACAUAUACUCCCACCCCUUGCUUCAAUCCUCCCCUCCCUCUCAUCCAUCCAUCCUCCUUCUCCUCUCCCCAUCUCCAUCACCUGUUCCUCACCCCUUCCACUCCUCCUCCCCCUCCCUUGUUCCUCCUCCCAUCCCCUCUCUGAAUUAGUCGUUAAACCUCCUUUUGGGGAGGUUUGUCACUAAACACAGUUCCUGGUCAUUAUCCCUACACCUACUGGCCCUUUCUUAACGGUAAAGGAGUGAGAGAAACUGAUCCAAGACCUGUACUUAGUGAUUAAAAGCCCACAAAGUGCUCUUUCUAAACAGUGAUAAAACCCCACAAAGUGCUCUUUUUAAAAAGUGAAAACGUGCCUAAAUAAUUGUAUGUAAAUAUCCUCAAUCAUGACAGGGCCUUGUAGCCUUGUGUACCCCACGCAAUGUGUGUGUGUAUAAUGUGAUAUUGUUCUCACUGACAGUAUUGCCCUCUCCUUGAUUUCAUUACCUCACUUUGGGCUCUGUUGAUUUUGUGGUUACAGAAGCGUUUUCCCUGCCAAGUGAAGUGUGUGUGGAUGUUCUGAGUAUUAAAACAGACAGAGACAGGGCUUCUAGUGAUGGUAAUGUAACAAAGGUCCCUAUAAACCUUCUAUCGUCAUGAGCUCAAGUCGGGGUCAAUGUCUGGUCAAAUGUCAACCUAUACAUUAAUAACUGUGAAUGAAUUAUGAAUUGAUUAUUGAUUGAUUAACUGAGGGAUACCGCACCAUACAUCCCUGGCUUACAUGUUAUAUGUGGUGUAUUUAUUAUUUGUCGUCUGUUUGUCUGUUGUGCAAUUUUAAAUUGAUUUUAACUGGGAUAUAUACAAGUAACUCUCAAAAUCUAGGAAACACCAACAUAAAGUGUCUUAAUAACAGGGCCAGAGCAGCUUCAAUGAACCGUGGCAUAGAUUCUACGUGUCUGGAACUCUAUAGGAGGGAUGCGACACCAUUCUCCUAUGAGAAAUUCCAUCAUUUGGUGUUUUGUUGAUGGUGUUUGAAAACGCUGUCUCUGGUGCCACUCCAGAAUCUCCCAUAAGGGUUCAACUGGGUUGAGAUCUGGUGACUGAGACUGCCAUGGCAUAUGGUUUUCAUCGUUUUCAUGCUCAGCAAACCAUUCAAUGACCACUUGUGCCCCGUGGAUGGGGGCAUUGUCAUCCUAUGGUGGCAUAGCCAUGGUAGCCAAAAUAAUUGCAAAAAUCAUGGCCUGCCCAGCAUUUUUAUACAUGACCCUAAGCAUGAUGGGAUUUUAAUUGUUUAAUUAUCUCAGGAACCACACCUGUGUGGAAUAUCCUGCUUUCAAUAUACUUUGUAUCCCUCAUUUACUUGUGUUUCCAUUAUUUUGGCGGUUACUUGUAUAUGAAUGUGUAAUAGUAUACGUGUGUAUGUUUUUAUAUCAAAGUAUUAUUGUGUAACUGCUUCUAAUUGUCUAUAGAAACUACUUUAGGUUGAGAAUCGUUCUUCGUUUAGAUGUAGUUCCGUGGUAAUAACAUUGUUGUUUUGUAUUUAACAUGCUAUGCAUUUACGUCAGCAAUGAAAUGAGUGUUUAGGUAUUAAUCGAGAUUUACAAAUUGACCAGCUUUGAAAAUUCUUGUCCAAAGCCAAAUGCAGUAAGAGACGUUUCUGUUAUGAUAAAGACUGAAUAUCCAGUUCCUCUUAGCCAAUAUAACAUUCAUAUUUAGACUCUCAAGUGUUAGAUUGAACCUAUCUGCAAUGCUGUAGUCUUUUUUUUGCCUAAUACUUUACUUCCAAAUAAUCAUUUUAUUAUUGUAAUGAGUUCCUUGAAAAGUAAUUCCUUCCUGUACUCUAUGUAUGCCAACAAUAUUCUUAUUAAGGACUCAACUUCAGUAGUCUAUUUGGUGUAGGAUGCCGGUAGAUUGACAUGGUGGAUUUUAGUUGAUUAGAACUGGUAUUUAAUCUGGUAUAUACAGUAAAUAAGUAAUCCUUAUGCAUUUCAAAGUGGUUUUAUAGUAUACAUAUACCAUUUGCAAAUUCACAUCUUUUUUAGGACUCACACCUGGCCAAUAGAGUUGUUCCAAUCUUGUAACGCUACUUUAAGAAAGCUUUAUUAACCUAGAAAUAUGACAGUGAAUCUAACUAAUAUCUUUUCCCAAGGGGUUUAACCCCUUCAUAGUGUGUCAAACAGGUGACAGCAGUAAAGGAUGUCUGGGGAGAGAGAGAGGUGAAGGGAUGUAGGUAAGAUGAAUAUAAUGUUUGGUGAAGAAAAAAUAAGUGGGAAAGUUGUCUUGUAACAGACAUAGCCAUGUUUUGUUUAUCAGAGGAGUUUUGUAAGUGUGAUGAUGGAUUAAGUUUACGUUUCUGUGUGUUUGAUACCACAUUAUGAUAUAAACAUUAAAUAAUGUCUUUAAUAGAGGAGGUAACUAA